AUGAGGGUGAAGACUCUCGAGAUUCGCUGGCACGAAAGCGCCCCGAUAUAUGCGCUAGAUUACCAGAUACCAGUCGCCUCCAUCAAAAAGAUACUUGCGCCGCGCAUUCAAAGAGACCCAGCAUCGUCCUCCCUCCCAUCGCCAGUCGUUGGCAGUGGUAGUGGCAGUUUGAAUUUGGAUUCUGCGCAAGUUCAGCCACCGUCAUAUCGCUUGGCUACCAGCGGUGGUGAUAACAAUGUCCGCGUAUGGAUGGUUUAUCCAAACAUCCUUCCUCCAGCAACUCUUGCCGCGGCAAGUUCGGUGACGGGUCAACGCCCCACACCCCACCCACCUCGGGUGGAAUAUCUUGCCACUCUCAGCAAACAUACUGCUACCGUCAAUGUUGUCCGCUGGAGCCCGAAUGGAGAGUUCCUGGCCUCUGCUGGCGAUGAUGGAAUGAUAGUCGUUUGGAGCCCAAGCGACCGUCCAUCAGUAAGCUAUGGAAGUGAUUCUACUUCGGAUGACACUCAGUACGGUAAGGAGUAUUGGCGGGCACGGUUGGUACUUCGGUGCACAACUAGAGAAGUGUACGACCUCGCCUGGAGUCCGAAUGGCGAUUGGAUUGUCGCCGGGAGUACGGAUAAUACCGCUCGCAUCUUUAGUGCCGCAGAUGGGACAUGUGUGCAAGAGAUCACCGAUCAUUCGCAUUAUGUGCAGGGUGUUGCUUGGGACCCUAUGAAUGAAUUUCUGGCGACACAAAGCAGUGACAGGUCCGUCCAUGUGUAUGGAAUAAACACUAAAAGAGGUGGCUUCGAAGUGUACUCCGUGGGCAAGAAUAUGAAGAUGCCUCUGCGGCACAACCGCACCCCCAGUUCCUCGUCACUUCCACCCAUUCAAACACCGUUGUCAAUGCGUCCGAACCUGGCUCGGCGUUCGUCGACUGUCAGCGAGGCGGACUCAGCUAUCACAUCUGCCAGCGAGAUGAAAGAUGAGAAUCACAACUAUUUCCACUCCGCGCAUGUUCCGCCCCCUCCCAUCGAAACCAGUUUGGAUAAUGGUCCCCGGGCUCCUCUGACACCCACAGCAUCCGUCAUAAGCUCAGUUUCUGCUAUGAAUCCGCCCAAGGAGAGCGGCCCAGUAUCUCGGUCACGCAGAUCUUCUUUCUCCUCAGUGGCAAAUGCCAACUCUCCGGCAUUGUCUGUCCGAAAUUUUGGUCGGUCACCAUCACCAAUGCCACCCCUCCCGGCGAUACGAACGCCUAUUGCAACGCCCUCUUGGGCUAAUUCCGGAUGGUGCUCUUCUUCUUACCCCGCUGGGCACUUCGAAGAUCCCAACGUCAUCCCCAGCAAGUCUUCAAAUACCAACAAACAGAAGGAUGAUCCCCCGAUACAGUCCGCUAAGAAGCCCAGUGGGGAUGGUGGCGCAUCUUCCUCGUCCGUUUUCAUCUAUUCUCGAGCGAAUUUUGCGAAGCCGCCCAUAGCUCAUCUUCCUGGGCACAAGUCUGCUAGUGUGGCGGUUAGAUUUUCUCCAGUUCUGUACGAAUUAAGGCCAAACGUGUCAGCUCCACGGUCAGCAGCUGAUGCGAAGACGAUCAUUCUGGAGGCUGGGAAAGAACAAAUUAUCGAUCUGAACGGUGCGCCUGACGCCGCCAGCGUCAUCCAAUCGCCCAUCUCCAUUCCCUCGACUCCCAAUCCACUGAAUACCAACACCGCUCCGUCUUUCCCCCCGCCCUCACCCGCGUCGUCUACGCCAUCAAAUCGUGCUCGGACGCCUUCCAAGGAGACUUCAGGAAGUGGUGUUUCUCUUUCCACCGCGUCAGUUUUUGCACUCCCUUAUCGGAUGAUGUAUGCGGUCGCUACACAAGAUACAGUGGUUGUAUACGACACACAGCAGGCAGGGCCCAUUUGUUUGUUCACAAAUUUGCAUUAUGCUGGAUUCACUGAUGUUGCAUGGGCGCCAGACGGGCAGUCUUUAAUGCUGGCAUCCGCAGAUGGCUACUGUUCGAUUGUGCUUUUCGACGAGCCUCUUCCCCUUUACCACACUCAGCAGCACAACAUGCAAAUGCAGGCCAUUGCUGGUCCAGUUUCAACGCCGCUACAUGCGCAUCAUGCGCUUCCGUUUGCACCUACCGGCUCAGCGCCAAGCGCUUCGCUGAAGCGAAGUGAGCCUCCGACUCCUGUGGAGGAACCAACACCGCUACCUACCCUUGAGGCGCCGAGCUCGGCAACACCAGAGACAUCUGAGAAUUCACGCGAGCCAAAAAAGAAAAAGAGACGCAUUCAGCCGACUCACCAUGGGAGCAUCGACUAA